AUGAAAAUAAAGACGAAGUGGGAUGCGGGGAAGGAGGGGAGGUACCGGGGAAAGGGAAAGGGGGAUGCUGGGAAGGGGGAUGGGGGAGAGGGAAAGGGGGAUGCUGGGAAGGGGGAUGGGGGAAAGGGAAAGGGGGAUGCCGGGAAGGGGGAUGGGGGAAAGGGAAAGGGGGAUGGGGUGAAGGGAAAGGGUGAUGCUGGGAAGGGGGAUGGGGGAAAGGGAAAGGGGGAUGCUGGGAAGGGGGAUGGGGAAAAGGGAAAGGGGGAUGCUGGGAAGGGGGAUGGGGGAAAGGGAAAGGGGGAUGGGGUGAAGGGAAAAGGGGAUGCUGGGAAGGGGGAUGGGGGAAAAGGAAAGGGGGAUGCUGGGAAGGGGGAUGGGGAAAAGGGAAAGGGGGAUGCUGGGAAGGGGGAUGGGGGAAAGGGAAAGGGGGAUGGGGUAAAGGAAAAGGGGAUGUGUGCGUCCCUUUCCGUAUUCUUCCAUCCGUCCUAUCUCGUCCCUUGUCGCGCGAGCGGAUAUGCUAAUGCUAUGCUAUCCCUUCCCUUCUAUUACUUCCGCUUCUUCCUCAUGGGCUUCGCGUAG